AUGCCGAUAGACCCCUCCAGGUGGCUCACGCAGCGGCACCGCCACCCCCGCAUAGGGCCCGCCUAUCAAGCUGUUAUACCGGCACUACAGGGGUCGCAGCAGCAGCAGCUGCAGCAGCAGCAGCAGCAGCAGCAGCAGGUGCUGCUGCAGCAGCAGCAGCAGGAGCUGCAGCAGCAGCAGCAGCAGCAGCAGCAGGUGCUGCUGCAGCAGCAGCAGCAGGAAGUACCGCUACGCUGGUUAGGAGAAGCAGCAGCAGCAGAAGCAGCAGCAGCAGCAGCAGCAGCAGGUGAUACAACUGCAGCAGCAGAUGCAAGAAAUACCACACACAGAAGCAGCAGCAGAGCAGCAGCAGCAGCAGCAGCAGCAGCAGCAGCAGCAGCAAACCGGCAGCCCAAUGGAGCAUCAAGGCCGGUAACCCGAAAGAUGUUAGCUGCUGUAACGCGCAGCACAGACACCCCAGAGCAGCAGCAGCAGCAGCAACAGCAGCAGCAGCAGCAGCAGCAGGAGCAGCAGCAGCAGCAGCAGCAGAGGGUUUAG